AUGGGGGAACAGGCCUCCAUACCAUCCCAAAAGGAGUAUAUCUUGCUAGAAGGUGAAGGGCGCCAACUGACGUCAAUUGAGUGGGAUGAGGCGGCUCCCAAUGAUUUGAUUAAUCAGAACAUCAGUCUCUCAAAUACUAUACUUGCUGAAGGAGCGUUUGGUGCUACUUUCAGUAUCCUUGCAAAUAAUUUUGUCAUCAAAGAUAUUACAUUUAAGAAAUCCACUUUGCAUUCCAUCAUGGAGGGACCAAUACCAGGAUGGUUAACGUUACAUGCCAAGACUGGACCCGACGUGCCGGGUGGCUUUGUGUUCAAGUAUUGCAAGGUGUAUGGGGGCAAGACAUUUUUAGGAAAAGCAUGGGAUUCCUACUCAACCGUGGUUUUCUAUAAGACGUACAUGGCAGACAACGUUGAGCCCUUGGGAUGGGAUGCUUGGCAAACCGGAUAUAAUAAGUAA